UCCACCAGGAUGGCUCCAACCAACACCAGAGACUCUCCCAUCUCAGUGCUCUCUACCAAAGACAGACACAAACUGAGGAAACCAGUUGUGGAGAAGAUGCGCAGAGAUCGCAUCAACAGCUGCAUUGAGCAGCUCAAGGUCCUGCUGGAGAAGGAGUUCCACAAACAGGAUCCCAACGCCAAGCUGGAGAAGGCCGACGUGCUGGAGAUGACGGUGGUGUUCCUCAAGCAGCAGCUGCAGCCUCAGAGCCCCAGCGCUCACACGGCUCACAGCGACGGAUACUCCCACUGCUGGAAGGAGACGCUGCACUUCCUGUCCCAAAACUCCCUGAAGGAGGCGACGCUGCCACACCUCCAGCACCUCCACGCUGCCCACAGAGCCGGCCAGGACGCCUGCCCCACGCCGGCCCUCUCCUCCCACAGCCACAUCCAGGCUGCAGGGAAGCAGCCGCCCGGCCCUCACAGAGCCGUGUGGAGACCCUGGUAGAAGCUGCUCUGGAGCUCGGAGGGUGGAUGUUCUCC